UAUUUUUUGUGGACAUGUGCUAUCCUAGAUGACUGUGUUCAUUGCGUAUUAAACAUAUGAAGCAAAUAGACAUCGUUCUUAUUUAUGAACACAGUCUCAUCGGCACCGGAAGCAAACAAGUCUACUUUCACUUUCAAUAACAACAAUGCCAAAAAUCAAGUGUCCCAUCCCCGACUGUGAAUAUGAAACUGCAGACCUAGAAGCUGCCAUCGUGGCUUCCCUACUUACAGUUCACAGCACCAUCCACUCAUCUUUAAACGCACCUACCGCUAAAAUAGAGAAAGUUAAACGCCCUUCCAUAUCAGCAGCUGGUACUAGUGAGGAAUGGUCAUACUUCAUGUCAAGAUGGUCCGACUAUGUCAGCGCCACUAAGAUUGAAGGCCGUGACAAAGUUGUUCAGCUCUUGGAAUGCUGUGACGAACCCCUCAGGAAAGACCUCACACGAUCUACUGGAGGCAGUCUCACAGAUAAAACUGAGGAAACUAUACUUUCAGCCAUCAAAAAACUUGCUGUACGCGAAGAAAACACGAUGGUGGCUAGGGUCACUCUCCAUAAUAUGCGUCAAGACAGGGAUGAACCAGUGCGUAAUUUUAGUGCUAAACUUCGUGGGCAAGCAGGAGUCUGUAAAUUUGUAAUCACAUGCCCCAACUGCAAUCAUGAGGUAAAUUACACUGACACUAUAGUUCGUGAUGUACUUGCACGAGGCAUAGCUGACCCUGACAUUCAACUUGACCUCCUCGGGGACAAAAACCAAAACAUGACUUUAGAGGAAGUCACCCAAUUUAUGGAAGCCAAGGAAGCAGGAAAACGGUCUGCCUCUCGACUAUUAGACACAAACGCUGCAGCAACUACUAGCUGUUAUAAGAGGACAAAGCAAAUAGCACUGAAGGACAAGAAUGAAACAUGCUCCUACUGUGGGAAAAAAGGUCAUGGCAGACAUGCACCAGCUCGUACCCGCAAAACAGAAUGUCCUGCCUAUGGUCACAAGUGCGGACAUUGCAACAAGGACCAUCACUUAGAGGCUCUUUGUCGAAGCAAAGACAAGGAAAAACUCCCUACAGCCUCUACAGACACCCACAGCUAUGAAGGUGGUGUAUUUGAAUCCCUCUGUGUCCUAUCCGACAUCAUCUCCAAUCACCACUCAAACAAAUCAAUCGCAUUAGAUCAUCAUCUUUAUGACCAUCUAUCAGACACAUGGAUCAGAAAGCGUUCCAAACCUCAACCAUUCAUCAAUCUUAUUAUCAAAUCCUUACCUGAGGACCACAAAGCACUGGGUUUCUCAUUGAAUGCACCACAAAGAACCAUAAAACUCCCAGCUAUGGCCGACACAGGAUGUCAGAGCUGCCCUGGCAGGAAUUAA